ACUGCCUCCCUCCCUCCAUCCACAAGGCCUUCCUUCCUUCCUUCCUUGUGUUUGUGCUAGCAGCGCACGCACCCCACACCACCACGACAAUCACCCUCCAAGCGCGACUCCUGCGUGCUUGCUUGCUAGAGUCGAGCACCACCUACCCAGGCAGCUAGCCAGAGCGAGGAGAUAGAGAGCGAUGAGGCAGUCGAGGUUCAAGAGGAUCUGCGUCUUCUGCGGCAGUAGCCAGGGCAAGAAGAGGAGCUACCAUGACGCCGCCAUUGAGCUCGGCAACGAGCUGGUGGCGAGGGGCGUGGACCUGGUGUACGGCGGGGGGAGCAUCGGGCUCAUGGGCAUGGUGUCCCAGGCGGUGCACGACGGCGGCAGGCACGUCAUAGGUGUCAUUCCCAAGACCCUCAUGACCCCAGAGAUAAGCGGUGAGACGGUGGGGGAGGUGAGGGCAGUGGCGGACAUGCAUCAGAGGAAGGCAGAGAUGGCAAGGCACUCUGACGCCUUCAUAGCCCUGCCUGGAGGAUAUGGUACGCUGGAGGAGCUACUCGAAGUGAUUACAUGGGCGCAGCUCGGCAUCCAUCACAAGCCGGUUGGGCUGCUGAACGUGGACGGGUACUACAACUCGCUGCUGACCUUCAUCGACAAGGCCGUGGAGGAAGGGUUCAUCAACACCAGCGCGCGCCGCAUCAUCGUGCUCGCCCCCACGGCCGAGGAGCUCAUGGAGAAGCUCGAGAACUACGUGCCUUACCACGACAGGGUGGCGUCGAAGCUCAACUGGGACAUAGCGGCGGAGAUAGGGCACCUAGGGUACUGACCAGGACGUUGUGGGUGCAGACCAAGGGCGAGGCCGGCCAGCCGGUUGCCAUGCAUGCAUGUGUUUAACUCUGAUGAUGAUGAUGCGGAUUUGCAGUGCAGGAUUGAUGAAGGGGUUUUCGUUGUUUGAUUGUUGUAGUAGUAGUAGCAAAUUAUGUGAGCGUGCGUGCGUUUUGUAUAUGUUGUGCUUCCAUCGGGGACAGCUCAAGGAUAUUGUAAAACCUGACCGGUUUCAAGCUCCCUAUUAGAGCAUCGCCGUCCAUGUCCAUCUCUACCUGCUUAAUUAGUACUACUACUGCUGCUGCUGGUAUCAGUCAAUAUAAUGUUAGUUUUUCAA